AGGACCAUCCAAAACAGAGAUUGUAAGAGAGAAUGAGGAAAUACAGCACCAAAAAUGGCUGAAUCUGCACUCAGACUGGAAGAAUAAAAAUGCAUCUACUUUACACGCACUUCUAGUGAAUGGACAGACGUGUCAAAGCAGAAGCAAAGUGGCUCUCUUUUGCACUAGAGAAGACUGUGGCCGUCGCCCUGCUGCUCGCAUGAACAAGAGGAUCCUGGGUGGUAGGACCAGUCGCCCAGGCCGAUGGCCAUGGCAGUGCUCCCUGCAGAGUGAGCCCAGUGGACACAUAUGUGGCUGUGUUUUGAUUGCAAAGAGAUGGGUCUUGACUGUAGCACACUGCUUUGAAGGGAGAGAAAAUGCACAUGUUUGGAAAGUAGUGUUUGGGAUUAGCAAUCUUGAUCAUCCAUCAAGUUUCAUGCAGACCCGACUAGUGAAGACCAUCAUCCUCCAUCCACGCUACAACAGGGCAGUUGUAGACUAUGAUAUCAGCAUCGUGGAACUAGACAAGGACAUCAAUGAGACAAGCUAUGUAAGACCUGUCUGUUUGCCCAGCAAGGACCAGUUGGUUCAGCCAGACACCUAUUGCUACAUCACAGGCUGGGGACACAUGGGCAACAAAAUGCCUUUCAAGCUUCAAGAAGGAGAGGUUCGCAUCAUUUCCUUAGAACAAUGCCAGUCAUACUUUGACAUGAAAACCAUCACCAGCAGGAUGCUCUGUGCUGGCUAUGAGUCUGGCACUGUGGACUCUUGCAUGGGUGACAGUGGAGGACCACUUGUGUGUGAGCAACCUGCAGGACGCUGGACUCUGUUUGGUCUGACAUCUUGGGGCUCUGUCUGCUUUUCCAAGGUUUUGGGACCUGGAGUUUACAGCAAUGUGUCACAUUUUAUUGACUGGAUUGAAAGACAAAUAUACAUCCACACCUUUCUGCUAAACUAG